AUGUCAAAGGGUGAACUCAGGCAGAGCAGAGAGUAAGUGUGUCCUGUAAUAACAGCACAGCAACUUGUUAUUUAAAACAGAACCACAGGAAGAAUAGAAGGAUGACCUUACUCUGAUGUCCAUCCUUGAGAAAAUGUCCACAGCAGAUUUGAUGGAGAAUCUGAGGGAAGAACUCACUUGCUUCAUCUGCUUGGACUAUUUCAGCAGCCCUGUAACCACUGAGUGUGGGCACAGCUUUUGUCUGAUGUGCCUCCUCAAGAACUGGGAGGAGCAUAAUACACCGUUGUCUUGCCCUGAAUGCUGGAGGACCUUGGGGUGCCCUCAUUUCCAGCCCAAUGAGAGACUGGGGAGGCUGGCUAGCAUCGGCAGGCAGCUCAGAUCCCAGGUCCUGCAGAGUGACGACGAUUCAGGCGGCUGUGGGAGGAUGGUGGUAGCCACUCGAGUGUUCUCUGAUGAUGAGCAGAGUGUCACAACUUUGUCCACGCAAAGUCAUGGAAUAAACAGAGUGCAUCUCUCAAGUGAGGCUGAGGAGCAACACAAAGAAAAGCUCCAAGAAAUCCUCAGUCUUUUGCGUAAGAAGAAGAAGGAAGCUCAAGCUGUACUGACACAUGAGAAGGAGCGAGUGAUACUGUGUAAGGAAGAGACAAAGACUUUCAAACAGGUCGUCGUGUCAGAGUACAUGAAGAUGCACCAGUUCCUGAAGGAGGAGGAGCAGCUCCAGCUGCAGCUUCUCGACAAGGAGGAGAGAGACAACCUGACGAAACUGCAGGACAAUGAAAUCAAACUGACCCAGCAAGUCAGACACCUGAGCAAAAUGAUUGGGCAGAUCGAGUCCACGUACCAGAGCUCAAAUUUAGACUCUUUUGAGGAAAUAAGAGGAGCCCUGGAAAGGAGUGAGUCACAGCUGCUUCAGUGUCCAGAAGCCACCACCACACAGCUGAGUCAGUGCCGCAUCACUGGAAUGAGGGAGAUGCUAAGAAAAUUCAGCACAGAGAUCACUCUGGAUCCAGCCACAGCCAAUGCCUACCUCGUCCUGUCUCAGGAUCUGAAAAGUGUGAGAUAUGGAGGGAGCAGACAGCAGCUACCUGACAACCCAGAACGGUUUGACCAGUCUGCCACCGUGCUCGGAGCACAGAUCUUCACUGGCGGGAGACACUACUGGGAGGUGGAAGUGGGAAAUAAGACAGAGUGGGAAGUGGGCAUCUGCAAGGACUCAGUGAGCAGAAAGGGGAAUCUCCCAAAGCCCCCCGGGGACCUUUUCUCCCUCAUAGGUUUAAAAAUUGGAGAGGAUUACAGUCUGUGGGUCUCCUCACCUCUGAAAGGGCAACAUGUCCGAGAGCCUGUGCAUAAGGUUGGUGUUUUCUUAGACUACGAGUGUGGACAUAUAGCCUUCUACAACGUAACGGAUAAGUCCCUCAUCUACAGUUUCCCUCCAGCCCCUUUCCAAGAUGCACUCAGGCCUAUCUUUUCCCCUUGCCUCCCCAAUGAAGGCACAAACACAAGCCCUCUUACCAUCUGCUCACUGAAUAACCACAACUGAGGGACAUGGCCCCCAGCCUCUGCUGAGGAGGUCCAGGACCACCAGAUGAUUCUUCAUAAAGACGAUGAAUGCACUGCAGAUUUUUGCAUCAGGUUAUCUGAAAAAGAAUUUCCCCUCACCCCAAGAUUGUCGAUGAAUUCAAGCCCACAAUGAAAGGUCAAUUAGAAAUUAAGUUCAACAUCAAUCAGAAAAGCUUAUCCUGCAUCUCUAACCAAGCUCUCUAUUAGACUGCCCCAUGUAUUUGCCGAUCACUCCAAAUAGACCUGGAAAUAGCCCUUAUUAUCCUGAACCCUAUUCUCAGAAGCCAGUUUUAUAAAUAUAUGUCAUUUUUUUCAAGUGACUUUAUUUAUUUGACUCACAGACUGUGCAGUUUGAAUGUGUCUUUGUCCUAUGUGCAGAGAUCUGUAUGUGGCAGCAAUUUCAAAUCUCCCCGUUCUUUUUUGAAAAUCAAUAUUCAGCUUUAAUAAAUACAGAAAUUUAAAAAAUAGUGUAAGUAGCGGGUUAGAGAAAUCAUUCUCAGUCACAUAGGCAUAAUUGAAAUAGCUAUUCAUUUCUGUUUCCUAAAAUUAUUUACCAUCUUAAUUUACAAGAAACUACAUUUUCAAAUCUCCUCAUUCUCAGUGGUGGCCAGUUCCUAUAGACUUGCUCCUGUUUUGUUUUUUCCAGGAUUAAGGCUUUAACCCGAGGCCUUGGCGCUGCACUUCAUUGCCAGCUCUUUUUAAUUUUUUAUUUUGAGACAGGGUUUUGGUAAAUCACUGUUUCCUACGGUAGGCUAGAACUUCCGUCCUCCUGCCUCAGUAUCCCGGGGGGAAUGCCCUCUCUCUCUCUUUCUCUCCCUCCCUCUGAAGUUCUUCCGUGCUCACAUUGCAGAAUGUCACCAAUCACAGGGAGUGCUCUGUUAUUUCCUCUUAGUAAGCUAAGUCAAUGUCAUAAAACAGACAGCUAAAAUUUUCAGGAAAAUAAAGUUUACAAGUUUUUGUCUGUAAGUCAUAGACUAGGCUGGGGGGAAAUCGAUAAUCAGACCUCUUAAUCUACUCACAGCACCAUAAACGGAAGUCAGUAAGUAACAGGGCUUACUUUAGGGCUUGUGUUCAUUCUUCUCUUUGAUCUAGACCUGCUUUCUUUCAACUUGUUCAUUUCAACAUUGCAUCUUCAAAGGCAGGGAAGCAGAUAUAAACUAGGCUUAGAAUCUCAGAAAAAAUCCUCUUCUGAGGAUUUGCAUAUGCAUCCUUCCAUCGCACACACUUGGAAUUGGAGAUCUGUAAGGUAGGAGAAACUGCGCAUCCUCUUUUGAUGAUUUGUGGCUCUAUUUAUUAUUUUAUUGAUAGAUUUUUGUUUCUUCAUUUCUUAUAUCCAAAAGGUAAGAAACAAAUCAUCAAAAGCAAACACCAACCAUUUGGUAUAAAUCUUCCUUGAUUACAAAAAUACAGUUUUUGUUGGUAAAUGAAUAUAAAGGCAAUACAUCUUAA